AUGGGUGCGGAAGUGCUAAUGCUGAACAACGUUGGCUUGUUUGAGGAACAGAAGGCCGGGAGGCCUGAAACACCUUGUGUGGAGGGUAUGAGACUGAGGUUGAGAAAAAUACUCAACACGCAAAAGUCUUGUGAAGAAAAUGAAGGAAAAGCACCGAACAUGCCAAAGGCUGAGGAAGACCGCCCUAUGGAAGCUGUACCACAGGAGGCAGAAAGAAAUCCUCAACCUUCUGAAGAAGGUGUAAGCCAGGAAGCAGAAGGAAACCUUAGAGGAGGGCUGACUCAGCCUGGUCAGGGAUAUAAAGAGGACACUCCGGUUAGGCAUUUGGACCCAGAAGAAAUGAUAAGAGGAGUAGAUGAGUUGGAAAGGCUUAGGGAAGAGACAAGAAGAGUAAGAAACACGUUUGUGAUGAUGCAUUGGGAACAAAGACACUCACGCAGCCGUCCUCAUCCUGUGUGCUUUAGGCCUUGA